CGCUGCUCUCUGCGUGCGCGCUGCAGUUUCCUGUGAAGCGUUGAUGCAGGAGAGAACCCAUGGCGGCCACUGAGAUAGCGCGACAAGCGGGAGAGGGUGCACGUGCCGUCCCACUCUCUGGUCAUGUUGGCUUUGACAGCAUGCCGGACCAGCUGGUCAACAAGUCCGUCAACCAUGGCUUCUGCUUCAAUAUCCUCUGUGUGGGGGAGACGGGUUUGGGAAAGUCCACCCUCAUGGACACCCUGUUCAACACCAAAUUUGAGGGUGAACCUACACAGCACAAUCAGCCGGGAGUGCAGCUCAAGUCCAACACUUACGAGCUGCAGGAGAGCAACGUUCGCCUCAAGCUCACUGUGGUCAACACUGUAGGCUUUGGAGAUCAGAUCAACAAAGAGGACAGUUACAAGUCUAUUGUGGAGUUCAUUGAUACUCAGUUUGAAGCAUACCUUCAGGAGGAACUGAAGAUUAAACGCACCCUACACAGUUAUCAUGAUACACGGAUCCACGCCUGUCUGUAUUUCAUUGCUCCCACUGGACACUCACUAAAGUCCCUUGACCUGGUUACUAUGAAGAAGUUGGACAGUAAGGUGAAUAUCAUCCCCAUCGUUGCCAAAUCAGAUGCCAUCUCAAAGAGUGAACUUGCCAAGUUCAAAAUUAAGAUCACAAGUGAACUGGUGAGCAAUGGUGUCCAGAUCUAUCAGUUUCCCACUGAUGAUGAGACUGUGGCAGAGAUCAACUCAACCAUGAAUGGUCAUUUGCCUUUUGCGGUGGUGGGAAGCACUGAGGAAGUGAAGAUUGGGAACAAGAUGGUGCGAGCACGCCAGUACCCCUGGGGAACCGUCCAGGUGGAGAAUGAGAAUCACUGUGAUUUUGUGAAACUGAGAGAAAUGCUGAUCAGGGUCAACAUGGAGGACCUGCGAGAGCAGACUCACACUCGCCACUAUGAGCUAUACCGCCGCUGCAAGCUGGAGGAGAUGGGAUUCAAAGACACCGAUCCUGACAGCAAACCCUUCAGCCUCCAGGAAACAUACGAGGCCAAGAGGAAUGAGUUCAUGGGAGAGCUGCAGAAGAAAGAGGAGGAGAUGAGGCAGAUGUUUGUCCAGAGAGUCAACGAGAAGGAGGCAGAGCUGAAAGAGGCAGAAAAGGAGCUUCAUGAAAAGUUUGACCGUCUCAAGAAGCUUCACCAGGAUGAGAAGAAGAAACUAGAGGACAAGAAGAAGUCUCUCGAUGAUGAGCUGAACAGCUUCAAGCAGAAGAAGACUGCUGCUGAGCUGCUGCAGGCCCAGACCCAGCAGGCAGGGAGCUCCUCCACACUUAAGAAGGAUAAAGAGAGGAAAAAUUAACUCCUCACCUGCUCCCAGUCCCGCAUGAGACACCUUAUGCUGGUAAGGCUUUCAAAGUAUCUCUUAAGGCACAAGCCCUCGUUCACACGAGGGAACUAAAUUACAAAAACACAUGUUAUGAUGGUGGUCAGUUAGACCGAUCCUGUAAUUGCUGUAUUAAAGCACUGCAGUAGUAAUUACAGUUUUUCUUAUUCAUGCUUAAAAGUGCUGGUAAUGUGAAGAAUGUCUCUGUGGCAGCAGCAGGGGAUAUUAUGUCACCAGCGCCAGGCGAGAGUUUAUUGCUCUCUCUGUGUGAUGUGCAGCCAUCUGCCAUCUGAAUCCAUAACAAUCUGCUGUUGUUUGCACUCCACUGCUCUUCCACGAUCUUGCACAAAAGAGCCUUUAAUGGCUCGGCUCCUAAAGCUGGGUUACACUAGUCCACCACUUGGCCUUGAAAUAAUGCUGUUGUUGAGUGGGCUAUCCCUUGCUACAGACCUAUCAGUAAUAGGUAAAUAACACAACAGAAGAGACCAUAUAAUGAAUUUUAACUGUUACAAAGAGAGAACAAUACUAAGCCUUACCACAUACACCUCCUGCAACC